UAUUUAGGUAAACAAAUUUCUGUUCUGAUCUAUUAAACAAAUAUUUGCACAUCCUAGAUGCAUAUAUUUCACAAAACUGUUUAUCAGUUUGACUUAUUUUUGUUUUUAUUAGAAGGAAUGCACUUUCAGCGUAGUAUAAAUAUGUUAUAUGAUGGGCGACAUGUUUUCAGCUUGACAAGUAUUUCAAAAUAUUGUAAAUAUCCUGCACAUAUACUAUUUCAAAAAUGAAAGUUAUUAUUUAAUGCUAGGAAUACAAGCUAGGUAGAAAAACUGGAUUAAUUUUGUGGAAUUACUUGAUAAAUAUUUUUUUCCAUAGAUAAAUAAGAUUUUCGUGUGUUUUGUUUACCAUGGAUGUGGGUUCAGAAAGAAAUAGGGAUACUUGUGGAGUCUUAGAUGAAGGAAAACUUCGAGAUACAGAUGAAAGCACGAUACAAGGAAUAUUGACACAUUCAGCUAUUACGGAAGAGCGUAAUGAUUGUCAAGUCAGUUCAAAUAGAAGAGUAAUGGAUAAUAACACUAAUACCAUAAGUGAUAUUAGUUCAAACGCUGCGAAUCAAUUCGAUAAAAACCAACCGGAAGUUCGAUCAUUCCGAAAUGACCCAGUUAUCGUAACGCAGAGCGAAAAUAUCAUUGACGAACAAGCCCAAGAAGCACAGGAGUCGUCCAUAAACUCGAAUAUGACUAGUACAAGUCUACACGAAGAAAUAAGAGAUGAUUUUAACAUAAAUAUACCAAAUGAAGGUCAGACUCCAAAUAACGAGGAAAUGGGCGUAACAUAUCCAACAAGAAUACCCCCAUCUUCUCCUAUUACUGUAGCAUUCGAAGAGCAAAUUCACGAUAUUGCUAACGAAUCUCAUCACGUGAUCAGAACACACAGGAAUAGUAUAGACACUACACAUACAGAGGAGCAGAACCAAACAACCGAAUUUGUAUACAAUGAUUAUUCUGCCUCGCCACCAGAUUACGCAGAAUGUAUUAUUAUGGAGUAUUACAACAAUAAUGGGCUUGUUUGUUGUGGUAGUCAGACGACUACAGACGCUUGCUUUUGUAGUUGUCAUAGCGAAACUGGAAGUGGAAAUACUUCGCAGAAUUUUACACAUAACGUGACGUUUCUUGGAGUAGACGAAUCGGCAUGUAAUGUCAACACUGCAAGCACAAAUGUUCCGAGGAACAAAGAGGACAAGAAAGUCAAGUAUUUGUUUUGGUUCAUUAUGAUAUUUCUGGUGGUAGCUGGAGCUGUUUAUGGAACCAUAGCAGCAGUUUCAUAUGACUGAUUGGAAAACAUUGACACUUUUGUUUUGUUUUUGUUGGGUUAAACGUCGCACCGACACAAUCACAGGUCAUAUGGCGACUUUCCAGCUUUGAUGGCGGAGGGAGACCCCAAGUGCCCCUCUGUGCAUUAUUUCAUCACGGGCGGGCCCCUGGGUAGAACCACCGACCUUCUGUUAGCCGGCUGGAUGGCUUCCUCAAAUGCAGUAUUCAACGCCCCGAGUGAGCCUCGAACGCACAUCGGUGAGGUGCAAGUGAUUCGAACGCCUUAACCACUCAGCCACAGAGGUACCGAAAAGAAUGACAAAUGACCAUAUUGUUCAUAUUCAACAAAAGUGUUAUAAUAUGUACAUUUCUGAAGAUAACAAUUGAAUGUUUUGACAUAUCCGAUCACUUCGACGGCACAUUCGAACAGGUAUUGUCAAACAGUUCUGGAAUGCUUCUUUUUCACAUUUAUAUUCCAAGAAAUUUUUAGAUUUUACGCAAUAAUAAAAUUUCAAAAACUGCAAAACACACAAGAAUAUAAUUCUAUUCAUUUUAUUAAAAACAUACCAUUUUUAAAAGUCAAAAACAUACACAGAAAAGUCGUGUUUUUUAGAAACGGAUGCAUACCAUUUAUGUAUUUGUUGUUAUGUCCUGUAACAACAAAUUAAGUAUUACAAUAAAAUAUGACUAAACUGAACUACCAUUUAUAAGAAAACAGAGACGUAAACUUCUAUAAAAUUGUGACAUGUUGUACAAUGAAAUGAUCUUGACAAUGACGUAAUUUUGUGUUUGUUGUCUUCUUUGACUCUCACGUCAUUUAUCGCUUAUCAUUUUCGUGUAUUUUGUGACUUAAAUCUUAAAAUGAUUAUAACUAUACAUGACGUCACUGUU